AUGGAACUGGAGGCGUGCCUCACUCUUCAUGUUCUUGCCAGGCUCGUCGCCGACCAAGAGCUCAUGAACCAGUCGGGUACAUGUAAGUGCGUAGUAGCACAUCCCACACCACUGAGGACAAUGUCAAUUCUGCUCUCUCAAGAGCUGCUCAUCUCCACAGCACUCGUGGUACUUGUUCCCCUAUACUACUUGUGCUUGAGGGUUAGUUGUAGAUCAAAGAACCAAUCAGUGCUGCCCACAAACUGGCCAAUACUCCACAUGUUCCCUUCCUUCAUGUCCAACCUCCACAACUUGCAUGACUAUUUCACCCUAGUCUUUGCUGGAUCCGGCCACAGCUUCAGGGCGCAUGGCCCACCUGGCAGCGGCAUGAGGUUCUUCAUCACAUGUGACCCUGCCAACGUCCGGCACAUCUUCACAACCAACUACGCCAACUUUCCCAAGGGUACGAGGUUCGCCGAUACAUUCGACAUCCUGGAUGGAAGCCUCUUCACCAUUGAUGGCGAGCCGUGGCGUCGGCAGCGCACAAAAGUCAAGGGCUUGCUUGCUAGCCCACGACUAGUUGCCAGUAUGGUGGCUUGCUGCUGCCGGAAGGUGGAGAAUGACCUCCUCCCGUUGUUUACCCACAUGUCAAACACAAACAUUCCAUUCGACAUGCAACAUAUGAUGUCCAGGUUUAUGUUUGACCUGGCUGCUAUGCCUCUCUUCGGUGUUGAUCCUGGCCUCCUAUCAUCGGAAAUGCCACCCAUGGUUGUCGCGGUUGCCUUGGACAUAGUCAUGGAGGUGGUAUGCUUUCGGCACAUGAUGCCAUCUUAUUGCUGGAAACUGAUGAGGUGGUUAAACAUCGGUCCUGAGAAAAAGCUCAAUGUGGCGCACACACUGCUACGAAGGUUCAUCAAGGAGAUGAUGGAGAGGAGGAAUAUCAAGACGUGGCAAGUUAAUAAUGAUGAGGAAGAAGAAGGUGUGGAUAUUGUAUCUUUCUUCCUCGAUGACCCAUGCUACGCUAAUGAUGACUUGUUUUGUGCUAUCACCAUUGGCUACAUGCUCGCUGCGAGGGACACAGUUGGAAUAGCCUUGACAUGGAUCUGCUACAACCUCGCCCAGAACCCUAACAUCAUUUCAAUCAUCCGCAACGAACUCUCACCGGUUGCAUCACAUAAAGUAGUAGCUGGUGUUGGAACUAUGGUGAUAUUUGAGCCGGAUGAGACCAGAUCUUUAUCCUAUCUUAGGGCUGCCUUGUAUGAGACUCUUAGGUUGUACCCGCCGGCGCCUACUGAGCUCAAGACGGUGGUCGCUGAUGAUACAAUGCCGAGUGGCCAUGAGGUGCAUGCCGGCGACGCCAUCUUUAUUUCUCUUCAUUCCAUGGGGAGAAUGGAGGGCAUAUGGGGUAAGGACUGCCUUGACUAUAACCCAGAUAGGUGGCUCUUGAAGGAUGGCAAUGGUCUAAGGUAUGUACCACCUCACAAGUUCCUGGCCUUUAACUCGGGGCCAAGGAUGUGCCUCGGUAAGGAAAUCGCGGUUAUGCAGAUGAUGAUUGUCGUGGCCUCAACGCUAUGGAACUUCGAUGUGCAUCUGGAGAAAGGGCAAAGCAUCGAGCCCAAGGCAUCUUGUAUACUAGAGAUGAAAAACGGUCUUAUGGUUAAGCUGAAGAAGCGAGAAGUGUAA